AGCCAUUUUGGCCCAGGCCUCCGUCGCCCCGCGCCGCGGGUCUCCGCGCGCGGGCGAGCGCGCCCCCCUCGGAGCGCGCCGGCCGCCCAUCGGAAGGCGGAGCAUGAAGAGGCAGUUUGAGAGCGGCAAGGGCGACGACGAUGGCCCGCCGCGCCAGAGAAGGAGAGGCGGGCGGUCGGCCGUGGACAUGCCCUGCGUCCUGAAGUUUCUCUGCCCAGAGGCGCUCGCCUCCGCCGUCAUCGGCAAGGGCGGGGCGGCCAUCAAGCAGAUCCGCGAGCAGACGGGGGCGAAGCUGGGGCUCACCGACCACCACGAGCGCUACCCCGACACGGACGACCGCGUGCUCACAUGCCAGGGCCCCUCCGUCGACGCGCUCGCCGAGGUGGCCGUGCAGAUAGUAUCGAAGGUCGCCGAGUGCGCGCAGCAGACCCCGUCCGACGCGGUGGGGGAGGUCGGUCAGCUUAGGCUCCGCACGCUCAUGCCGAAGGCGGCGGUCGGGGGCAUCAUCGGCAGGGGCGGUGCUGCCAUAAAGCAGCUCCGCGAGGCCAGCGGCGCCAAGGUCAACAUCGCCGAUCCCAACGGCCAGGGCCCUGGCGCCGAGCAGGUCAUCUCGUUGGCAGGCAGCGAGGAGGCCUUGGAGUUCUGCCUGGCCGAGAUCAACAGGCAGGUCCAGGCCGUGAGCGAGGAGCCUUGGUGGCUGGAUUGGGCUGAGGCGGAGAACAACGGCAAUUUUGGCAUUGGCAGUCAGCGCGCCCCGCGCUAG